AUGCUGGGGCUCUGGGGUCUUGUGGAGGAGGAUCUGGGGGCCCUCUGGGGUUUCUGGGUUUCUGGGGUCGUAGAGCUCCGGAAAUCUUAUCCCCAAAAGAUUUCCUUCCCCCAAGACGGCAGCCGCUCAGAAAAGGCUGAGGGGCCCGUCAACAAGAGUAUCGAGGCGAAACCGUGUCCGAGUGGAGCCGAGUGGGACUGGUACGAUAAUCUCGACACCGAUCGGUUGAUCAACUUUUUCGCUAUUUAUCGCCUAGUUACUCGAUCGCAAUCUCCCAGUUUGUACAGCGAGGAUGGCUCCAUCGCGACAGAACCCCAGACCGGGCCCGGGCUGAAUGUUCAUGUCCACGUCCAUCAUGACAGCUCGAGCCCCAUACGGGCAAAGCCAUCAUUUGAGUCGACAGACACCCUCUCAAGCGACUCGUUCCCACCACGACCAAACGCGGCAUGGGCACUAGGCCAAGACCGAAGGGCGGAGGUUAUGGAACAAUUGGCGUUGUAUACUUCAAGCCUAAAGCUUUCCGCCUCCCAAGAAGCCGCCUCUGGGGUUCCUACUGUACAAAGUGCCGCCGACACCCUCUCGGAAUGCGAAGCAGAGUCGCCCCUCUUCUCUUCCAUCCGCCGGGUGCUAUCAGCAGAUCCUUCGUACUCGGCCGAAGCCAUCAUCUCUGCCAUCAAGGAGCAGAGUGCUGAUGAAAGUCGUCUUCUGUCAUCUGCCAACCAGCUCGUCGAUGACCAUCCCAUCAGCAACGAGUUGAGUUCUCCUCGUGAGGUUCCAUCUGGCCAGCAAUCCACGUCGAAAAAGAGGAGUGCUGGGCAGACUGGGCGUCAGUCUUCGUCAGCAAACAAGAAGAGCAAGACCUCUGUACCCCCGAAUGGUGACGACGACGGCGACGGAGCUGGAGACGACGGCAGCGGAUCCGGGGGCGGGGGCAGAGACGACAAGGACAACCGUGGUGACCGAAACAGCGGACAACAAGCCUCGAGACCCGAAGUUUCUCAAGGUUGGAAAUGCCCAUACUGCCAUAGGUAUGGAGAUAUCACCUUUCAGAUGAAGUUCAGGAGUUGUGGGCGUCCUGGCUUCCGCGGCCGCGAUGAUUUCUGGACGCACCUAUGGAAGACUCAUUCCCCUGAGGCGAAGCCACAAGACCGUGAGGACUUGGCGAGGUACUACAUGGAUCAGAAGCAACAGGACGAUCUCAAGCUUUUGAUGAUCAAUACCAAGCGCGUUGCCCAAUCUGAUAGGGUCAGAUGGUUAAAGGUCCAGUUGGAUCUUUACCGAAAAGUCUGGGCCAUUCUCUUUCCCGAAAGCAAACACAUUCCAGAUUCACCUUUUCAUGUGAAGUACGAUAAGCUUAGGGAACACUGCCUCACAGUCGUCAAGACACUGAUGGAGGUCGAUGUUGCACAAUCAACGGAAGCUGCUUCUGCUGGAAAGGAUGACUACCGUCUAUCGCGCCAAAAAGUUGAACAGAUGCUCGUCAUUGCCUUGCACGUCGGACUUGACGCCCAUCCUGGUGCCGCCGAAGUCUUUGGUGGCCAUAUCCCGGAACAGCGAGAAGUCACUGCAACCAACCGGCCCAGCCAGGCAACUGAACAACCUGCAAAUGCGCAGCAGAUCUUGGAGAAUCCUCUGAAAGAUCCAGCUGUAGCUCGUGGUGACGAUGAGAUCGCAGCUCCACCAGUGAAUCCUCCAGAAAGGAGACGGGAAGCAGCGAGUCUACAACAACAAGAACUCCCGGCGCAAGCUGGGUCCGUUGCACAAACGGGCCCACCAAUGGGACGGUACAAAACUCAAGUGCCCUUGUACAACAAUGGAGAGAACAAGAUUGUUAUCCAGAUGAAGCCCAAGGGCCCUCCUGAACCUGAUCAACGGCAGGGCUCGCUGCUAUCGGCGCAACUUCAAAUCAUUGCACCUUUGGCAUUUGAGCCCAAGAUUACCGCGCCAAAACCCAGCUGGACACGCGAAAUACUGAAUCCGACUCCGCCGCCCAGCAUGACGGUCAAUCAGGGCGGCAUCGCCAUCCCUCCGACCGCUUCUGCCGCUAUCCCUCCGCCUCGAGAGCAGCAACUGUUGCACAAUCCAAAUCAGAAUAUUGAGCGAUUUGGAGAACCAAUAUACUGA